AUGGUUAUUUACGGUGUAUACAUAGUGUCGAAGUCUGGUGGAUUAAUAUUCAAUCAUGACCAUAAUGUUCCAAAAAUAGAAACAGAGAAGACAUUUAGUUAUCCUUUGGACAUUAAAUUAAAUUAUGAAAAUAAGAAAAUAGUGGUCUCAUUUGGCCAACGUGACGGCGUCAUGGUAGGUCAUGUAUUGAUGGCAGUAAAUGGUAUUCCAGUGACUGCAAGACAACUGGAUGAUGGACGAGAUGCAUUUGAAGUAAUUGAGAAUGAAGAGUGUUACCCUUUGAAUUUAAAAUUUGGCCGACCUAAAAUGACCACAAACGAAAAAAUUUUUCUUGCGAGUAUGUUUUAUCCCCUUUUUGCAAUAGCGAGUCAAUUGAGUCCUGAACCAAAAAGUUCAGGAAUAGAAAUGUUGGAGGCAGACACAUUUAAAUUACAUUGUUUCCAAACCCUCACUGGUGUUAAGUUUAUGGUUGUCUCAGAGCCAAGUCAGCAAGGAAUGGACAUUUUAUUAAAAAGAAUAUAUGAACUCUAUGCUGACUUUGCUCUUAAAAAUCCAUUCUAUUCUUUGGAAAUGCCAAUACGCUGUGAAUUAUUUGAAACAAAUUUACAGAGUUUAUUGGAAGUUGUUGAAAAAACUGGUAUUAGUAAUGUUUAG